CGCGGAGGCAAAUCUAAGAAAGGUGGAGACUUCUGGAUAACUUCCUGCACAGUACUCUUAAGAAAAAUAAUACCUCACACUUCAACAAUAGGCCGACAUUAAAACAAAGUGGAAUGGAUUAAUAUCGCAAAUAAACGCGAAAACAAGCACUUCACCAGCGCAGUUCCACGCACAAGUAGGAUUUACCGCUAGCAUCCAACCUGCUAGCUUACAUCAGCCACCAGGACGGGAGAUUGUACACAUCAGAUCAAGACGGUCUCGUAUCGAAGGACAGUAUGGUUGAGGUGGUGGUGGAGUACGAGUACGCAGCCCUCCAAGAAGAUGAGUUGACCCUCAAGCAUGGCGACAUAAUCAAAAAUGUAAGAAGAAUCGAGGAGGAGGGAUGGAUGGAGGGAGAUCUCAAUGGAAGACGAGGCCUCUUCCCUGACAACUUUGUAAAGGAGGUGAAAAAAGAAGAGCCAAAGUCCAAAGAGGAGAAAAAGGAGGCUAAAGAAUCAAAGGAGGUAAAAGAACAGUCUCCAAUACAGCGGCGAUUGCCAGGGAACGUAGCAAGCCUGGUGCAGAGGAUCAGUACCUAUGGAAUCCCGGCAGGAGGACUGGGCUUACAGCCCCACUCUCAACCCCGUGCCUCAAAAAAGAAGCCCAAGAAGCGUCAUUGCAAAGUCCUGUUUGAAUAUGUGCCUCAGAAUGAAGACGAGCUGGAACUGAAGAUUGGAGACAUCAUUGACAUCAUAGAGGAGGUUGAGGAGGGCUGGUGGAGUGGAACCAUGAAUGGGAAGUCUGGACUCUUUCCCUCCAAUUUUGUGAAAGAAAUAGAAUCAGUUGAAGACACAGAGACCACCGACGUUACAGACGAGCCAGAUAACAGAGAUGGCACCUCUAGCCCCACAUCCCCUCACCCAGGCAACGGGGUCAUGGCACAGCCAAAGAAAGUUAAAGGCAUUGGCUUUGGUGACAUCUUCAGAGAGGGCUCUGUAAAACUUCACAAAGUCCAAAAAGCGUCUUCUGAAAGCGAGGAAAAGAAAGAAAAACCAAUUCCAUCAUUACCAUCUACCACAAAACCCACCCCUCUGAGCACUCCUGAACCCCCUAAAGGAGAAAAAGAGGCAGAGAGCAAAGGAAAAGUAAAAGAUUACUGCAAGGCCACCUUCCCCUAUGAUGCUACUAACCAAGAUGAGCUGGAUUUAAAAGAGGGUGACAUCAUCCAUGUACUGAGCAAGGGACAAUUCUCAAGUUCAUCAGUAAGACCAGCAGCACCAGCGCAGACCCCGGAUACUGGAGAGCCGGGCUGGUGGAGAGGAGAGAUCAAUGGAAAACAGGGAGUUUUCCCAGACAACUUUGUGACUCUACUUGCUGAAACAGACAAAGAGACUCUCACAUCCAGAAGCUCCAUUAAAGCGUCUCCUAAACAGGAACCCGAGGAGAAGCCAAAGAAGCCACCACCACCAUCCAAAACUCCAGUCCUGAAACCAGAGGCCCCCAGUGCGGACAAAAAGCAACCGCAGCCAGGGCCUGAGGAUAAAGUUGUUAAGCCCUUGCCAGAGAAACCCGCCAAACCAGCUGCACCCAUCGUCCCUCCCAAAAAACCUGUGCCUCCAAGCAAGGGACUGCUGCGUCCUACUUCCAUCCACUCAAAGCGGCCUGACUUACCUCUCGCACCAUCACCAGCCGCUAAGCAAGUGCACAAUGGAGAAGUUCCCCUUAUUCGACCAAAGUCGGAGUGCGAACCAUUACCCAGCAAGCCAAAAACAACUGUUGUGGAUGGCAGCGAGAAGGAUUCAGACAUGGUUGUAAAUCUCAUGAGUUUUGACGACUUCUCUACCUCUGAGAAGUUAUCCCACCCAACUGCAAACCGACCAAAGAUGCCUGGGAGAAGACUGCCUGGUCACAGAGGCAACUCUCCGAGCAAGGAGAUUAGCGAGAAAGCUGAGAAAACUGAGAAAGUGGAUGAAGUGGACGUUGUGCCUUCCCCACAGAGUGUGUUGAAGACUUCCACAUCAUCACCCUUACCAUCUCCUGCUCCUAAAGCUAGUCCAGCCACCCCAAUCAUACCUGAACCCAAACCAAAAGUCGACAAGGAGGAGGAGAAAUCUGAAAUGGAAGACCUUAAAGCUCAGAUGAAGGAGCUUGUGCUCUCUAUAGAGUUACUGAAGACACAACAAAUGCGAGAGCUCCACGAUCUCAGAAAAGAGCUGGAUGAUGAACGACUCAAACGGGUGGCCCUGCAGAUGGAGAUAGAUAAACUGAAGAAGAUUGUACAAUCAACAUGAAGUCUUGCUGGUCAGAUAGUUCUGCUGUCGUGUCAUGAGUGAAAAGUGACUCCAGAUGGAGGGACAGAUGUCAUACAUGUCAUCUUUACACUCACUGGCACUGUUCCACAAAUUGUAAGAUUCACAUAUUUGCACAUAAAGAGGGUUUUUUUUUUCUAGGUUUAGAAAAGUGUAAUUAUGACAGAUGUAAAUGUUUCUUUGUUUGUUUUCCUCUUUUUUUUUUUUUUGCCAACAAAAAUUAUUGAGGCCUUACUUUACUACUGUGCUGGAUAUGCAAUCUCUGCACUAAUUGAGAAGUGCAGCAGAGUAUGCAUUUAUUACUACUGAGUCUGUAUAAAAUGAUUAUGGUGGAUUAUGUUGUUUCCUUGUUUUUUUAAGAUAUUGGCUAGUUUUUAAAGAAAACUCUUAUGAUCUCAGCAAUAUUCUGUCUGUAUUAGCCUCUUUAGAUGAUUCUAAAAUAUAUGGCAUACUCUUGUUUCCAUAGUGAUAAUAUUCUGUUUCAAAAGGGAGAAAUGUUUUCAUUUGUUGUUUUCUAACAUUCCUAUCCAGGGUAACACUAUUGUGCCUGUUAAAGAUUUUAAUACUUUGUUAAUACUGGGAGCUCUCAUGCUAUAUAUAUAUAUAUAUAUAUAUAUAUAUAUAUAUAUAUAUAUAUAUAUAUAUAUAUAUAUAUAUAUACUGUAUAUGUGUAUACUUAGAUUUACAGCAUGAUAUAUUUUUAUUGUCUACUGAUUGUGGCGUCAUAAAGAAAGAAAAUAUACUGGAUUUAUGUGUCUGUGUUUGGUUACAAAUGUCCAUCCCUCCUAAGAAAAGGAAAACUGUUUAAGUGUUCAGUAGCAGUGUCAUUUCACCAUACAAAUGGCAAGCAAUCCUUUUUACAAUUUAAGUUCCGGUUUAACCGCAGCCUCAACACUAUGCUUUUGUCCCUGGAAAUGAAUUGUGGCCGCCACUAGAGGGUAAUCAUGAAUAUCCCGGUGUACACACCUCACCUUCACCUGGUGGUUCAUAGCCACAGCCUCGGUUUGAACCAAGCACUGGUGGAUGGAGGUUUGGUUACAACCCCGAUUAAUACUCACGGGUAUCUGGUACAUCCCGGCUCAACCGGGGGUGGCCUGCGGCGCCUCGGGGAACCGGACCAGCGCCCCCACCUCCAUUACUGGGCACCGGUCCUGGAAGUGCCCUGGUUCCCCGUAACUCCAACAGACCGGCCCAGGCUUUACGCCCACACCUGUAGCAGGGGAUUCACCAGCCUGGGGGGAAAGAGGAGGGAGAGAGAGAGAGGAGACCGGGGAGUUGUAAAAACCCUGGGAGCAGGGCGUAGGUUUGGGAGAAAUGCCUCUCCGUCUCCGGGGAAUGGGAACGGGACGCCAGGCGGUGGCACUGGACCCAUUCUGCCGUCCCUUUCGGUAGUCAGGUUAUAAACUGCGUUGGUCUUCCCCGGUCAACAGUGGCAAAAGGCGGACCGCCCUCUGGUUGGUGGGUCAUCCCCAGGAUUCGGCCGUCCACUCAAUAAAGGCCUCCAGGUCAUCCUGUGGGCCCAUUUUGAUGAGCGUGACGUGGGGCAUGGCCGGGGCUUUGGCCGAGGUCGCGGCUGAAGUUUCCCCCGGGGUACCAAGCUCCAUAACACCUGCCGGUCCUCAGCUUGGGCCUGAAGGAGCACCUGGAACUGCUGCUCUUGUUCCGUGCCUAGGUCAGGAGGGCCUGAUGCUGGGUUUGGUGGAUGUCAGCGAGGGUCUUGAUCACUUUGGCCAGUGGCGAGGACUCCAUGAUGGUGAUUCCUCCCUCUUCUUCCUGGGUUUCGGCACCACUGUGACAGGUUUCUGGUCAGUCUCAUGGGAAAUGAGGAAGCAGGAACCAGCAUACACACUUUAGUGUUGUUUAUUUUCUGCCGCUUUUCAGCAUACACACAAACAAAAACUCAAACGCUUAAUAAUCAUGAAGUAAUGCUCUCUAAAAUACAGGCAGUGCCGUCGUAGGACUCAGGUCCCUCUCUCCUUCCCUCUGGCUGCUUUAUCUCUCUCCCACUCUCACUACAUCACAAAAAAGCUGUAUAAAUCAUUCCCCACAGGUGUCAAUCUUUACCGCUUCCCUCUCCCGGCCUCGCUCUCCACAGAACGUCGCUCGACCAUGCCCCGUCUCCACAAAUGCUUUACUUCGUCUUGUGAAUUGCAACAAUUCUAGAUUAAAGCCCGCCAGUUCUAGAAGACUGGUUGGCUGGUUGAAACAUCUGGUACCACAGUUGUUUUAGAAACAUGCAGUAAACAAAACGCUCUCAUCAUACUAAAAAGUAUGUCCAUUCCUCAGGCUUCCUAACACUUUUAAGGGAAGUUCAUCCAAGAUUGAAAAUUGUCAUAAUUUACUCACUCUGAUGUUUUUCUUAUGUGGAACACAAGGAGAAAUUUUUAAGAAUGCUGACGCUGCUUUUUUUCCAUAAGAUGGAAGGGAAUGGGGACCGAGGCCGUCAGUCCUUAAUGUUCUACCUAACAUCUCCUUAUGUAGUCCACUAAAAAAGCAAGUCAUUUGGGUUCAAAACAACAUAAGGGUGAGUAAAUGUUGACAGAUUUUUCAUUUUUGGGUGAACUUUGCCUUGAAGAUUAAAUGAACCCCUUAAUUAUAUGUUAAAGCAUUCCGGAUCAGGGAUUGUUUGUUUGUUUGUUUGUCUGUGAGUGAGUGUGUGUGUGUGAGAGAGAGUAAAAAAGACUGCUUUCUGUUGACAGUAUUUGACAUGUUGAUUCCUAAAGCAAUAAGCAAACACAUCUUUACAAUUUCAUCUCUCCAUGUCAAAUUAAUAUGUUCACACUCAAUGGUUCAUGUACAUGGAAAAUUUGAGUUAUCUGUGUUGUCUGAAAUUGGGUAGAACAUAUUCCAUUUUAUUUCUUAAAAUCUCUCAAAAUGAUCUUGUUUACAUAAUUUCUGAAUUGCAUGAACUGAGAUUUUGUUUUGUUUUGUUUUUCAAAACUAAAUAAAUAUCAUGUAUAUUUACA